AUGAAUACAGUAGAUGACUUGGAUACCAUUGACAUGGAAUUGGAUGAGUUGUUCAAACACAAACAAAGAAGUCGAUGCAAAGAUGAGUUCCUAAACACUCUCAUAUACGAAGCGCUUGACAAAUGCAAAUUUCAGAAAGGUCUUCAGUGGAGUUGGUAUGCUCAUCCUAGUGGUUUGAAUGCUUAUAAAGUGAGAAAUGGCUUCCACUCAUAUGGAGUGAACUUAGAGGGGAUGUACUAUACAUGCAGACUUUGGGAGCUGUCUGGGAUCUCCUGUGUCCAUGCCCAAGCAACAAUAAUUUACACACAACAGGAUCCAGCUAGAUUCAUCAGCACACGGUUUGGUAAGGACAAGUUUUUAGCUACUUAUGAGUCUAACAUCCUUCCUGUUAAUGGCAGUAAUAUGUGGGAACCAAUACCUUACACCAAACCACUACCACCUGUUGAAAGAAGGAUGCCAGGAAGGCCUUCAUCUAAUGUUGAGAGUCAAUUUGUCACCCAAACAACACCUACUGUUGACAGUGAACAUCUACCAGAAACACAAGAAGCAGAUGUUAAGAUUGAUGUUGAAGGUGAUAGUCUUGAUAUGGCUGAUCUGGAUCAAAUACUGCAUGAUUUGAGUAACCUUAGAGAGUCAAAAUACAGUGAAGCAGAGAUCCUUUUGUGUCUUAAUAUCACCCAAUCACAACUUAAAGGAUUUGAUGCUUUGCUUCACCAAUCCAAACAAGUUGCAAAGGAGGACAAUGAAGAUGGAGCCGAGGAUGAUGAAGAUGGAGCUGAGGAUGAUGAAGAGGGAGUUGAUAAUACUCAAGUUAGGAUUAGAAAUCAAGUCGGGCCGAUGAACCUCCUGCCAGGGUUUGUUGGCCUCCAUGAUGUCCACUUACCAACGGGGUCUUUACAAAAUCAUGUUGCCCUUAAUGCUUGCCUUCGUGAUCGGAUAUUGCUCCUGCUUCCCACUGAACUUGAAGAUGCCAUUUUGGUAGAGUUUUGCUUCGAUGGAGGGUAA